CCCUUCUGGCCAAGACGCUCUCUGCCGAGCAGCGGCCCCAGCUUCCGGAGGCCGGGGAAGAGCUGUCGGGCGUGGGGGAGUCGGCGCCCCCCGCCCGGCCCUUCCCUGCCUCUGCAGGUGGCCGGGAGCCCGGAAGCGCUGCCGAGCAGGGAGGCGAGAUGCAGGCGGCUUACGGGGCGACCCCAGCGUGAGGGCCGCGGAGAGAGGCCACUUGGCCGGCGAGAGCGCUGGGUGCUGCUCGUCCAGACCCCGGCCUGGUCAUGGCGCAUACAGCGCAGGCCUCUGGUAAGGGAGCUGCGAUCUCAGAUGAAGAUGAAUUAGGUGAGUGGACUCUGGGGAAUGGGGGUACAGCAACCUCAGGUAAGUGCAAGUGCUCUAGGCCCAUGCGAGUGCAGACUCAGUGCAUGGAACCCUGGCUGGAGCAACGGGGGCAGAUAUCAUGUAAGUGUGGUCUGCAGUGGGAGGGGCAAUGCAAGGCAAAGCCUGCUGUCCUUCCUCACGCACCCUCCCCAUGAAGUCAAUUCCAGGGCUUCAGCGUUGGGCCCAAAGAGCAGGUAAGGGAAUACCUGGGAAAUGGGACCACAUACAAGCCAACAGCUUGCAGGCAUGCCUCCUGCAGCAUUCCAGGAAUCCACCUGCACGCUUUCCAAACCGCCGAGGGACCUGGCAGCCAGGAGAACCGCGAGAGUGCUACAAAGCUCACACAAGCUGAGAAGAGUGAUCUCAUCAGUUACCAUUCCAUACAGCCAACAUCUACCACUAGGAAAACAGUGGGACGUCCUGGAAUAUGAGAGGCAAAGAAAAAUCAUCGAAGAGUUAAUUAAGGAGGAUGGAUUCCAGCCACAAGCCCCGCCCUUCCUCUCCAAGGCGUCUCCCAAGGGCACGGCCAAGCUGGUGUCCCGGGGCUCAAACCCAGCCGGGCCCACUGGGAUGCUGAGGCUAAUGGAGCCGACCGGACCUAGCCCACUGCCAGUCGGCUUGACCUCCUUUGGCAGCUCCCAUCCCGCCGCGGCUCACGCCCUGCCCCUGGACUCUCAACCUCCCCUGCUCUCGCAGAGCCUCAGUAGCUUGCAACUGACGCCCAGGCUGGUGCCCCGGGGGACGACUCCGCCCCCUGCCAGCCGGCCCCACUGGGCUUCGCCCAUGCGCUCGCCAAAGGAGCAGUUGGAAGACAUGCUGGAGCCUCCCAGGCUGGUGAUCACUGAGCAGCCGAAGCAGCGGGGGAUGCGUUUCCGCUACGAGUGCGAAGGCAGGUCAGCCGGCAGCAUCCUGGGCGAGAGCAGCACGGAGGCCAGCAAGACCCUGCCAGCCAUCGAGCUGCUGAACUGCCAGAAGAUCCCCGAGGUGAAGGUGAUUGCGUGCCUGGUGUGGAAGGACUGGCCCUACCGCAUCCACCCUCACAGUCUCGUGGGGAAAGACUGCAACAACGGGCUCUGCGAGGUCACCCUGAGGCCCCAGGUCAACCCCAAACACAGUUUUAACAACCUUGGCAUCCAGUGCGUGAAGAAGAAGGAGAUCGAGGCAGCCAUAGAGAAGAAGCUGCAGCUGGGGAUCGAUCCAUUUAAAGCUGGCUCCCUGAAGAAUCACCAGGAGGUGGACAUGAACGUGGUGAGGAUCUGCUUCCAGGCCUCAUACCAGGAGCCCUCAGGGCAGAUCCGGCACCUCAGCCCCGUCCUGUCCGAGCCCAUCUUUGACAAGAAAUCCACAAACACAUCAGAGCUGAGGAUCUGCCGGAUGAACAAGGAGUGCGGGCCCUGCACGGGCGGGGAGGAGCUCUACCUGCUCUGCGACAAAGUCCAGAAAGAGGACAUUGCCGUGGUCUUCCGGAGGGACGCGUGGGAGAGCAAGGCGGACUUCUCGCAGGCCGACGUGCACCGGCAGAUAGCCAUUGUCUUCAAGACACCCCCGUACCAGCACCUGGACAUCCUGGAGCCGGUGGAGGUGGAGGUGUAUUUGCAGCGCCUGACAGACAGCGUCUGCAGCGAGCCUUUCCACUUCACCUACCUGCCCAAGGACCAUGACGCAUAUGGGGUGCAUGUGAAGAGGAAGCGGGGGAUGCCGGACGUCCUGGAGGAGCUCUCAGCAUCAGGUGAGUGUGAAGGCCUCACACCAGGGCAGGCUGGGGGGCUACGAGGAUCGGGUUGGCCUGGCCAUGGCCCUUGCAAGAAUCUCUUGGCUCCUGGGCCGGUUCUGCCCAUGCCAGGGAUGACUGAUGACUCCAGCCUGGGUGCUGGAGUUUCCGUCAUUCCUGUUCUGAUUGCAGAGGAAGGCUUUGCCCUCCACCCCAGCCUGGAGCACAUCACAGUGCCUGAGCCCUUCGAUUUCUGCCUGGGCCCGGACUACACCUCCUACAGCUGCCUGAACCAGAGGGACAUGCUGCCCGCCGCCUGCUCUCCCAUAGAGCUGCCAGGCUACCUUGGCCCAGAGUUCCUCUUGGACACCUACAGCCCCGUGCAGAGCAACCCUGCCCCCUUCCUGGCACCUGGGGACAGCUCUGCGGGGGACAUUGAGGGUACGGCCAGUCUGGUUGGAAGUAACAUGUUCCCCAGUCAGUACAAGGAGGCCUACGAGCGGGCAUAGCUGUACACGAGGUUGGGAGACGUGUGAGGAGCAGUCGAGCCUCGUUUCAGACCUGCCCCGGCAGGGAGCCCCUUGUUCUGGCCGGGCAGGGCCUGGAGAUGGGAGGACUGGGCCACUUGGCUUGUUGGCAGAGCUUCCCAGGCCUCCUGGCAGCGAGCACAGAAGAGACUGCUUGUCACUGCAGGGCCUACCUCCAGGAGACCAGCUGAGACCAAGGGGCGUGGAGAGAGAGUGACAGCACGGCCCUCCCCUAAGACUGCGGGCCGUGAGGAGUGUGGCUGCCUGCGAAUGUUCCACCUGGAACUGGAGGGGUUCCACAUCCCAGCCUGUCCAAGUCCACCUCCUAGCAGCCUCCUCGCUGUCAGCAUAGUCACUCUGCAGUUCCCCUUGCUGAACUCCCUCCAUGGGCUGGGGGCUGGCUCGCUGGGGCAGGGCCUGGCCAGAGGGGCUCUGCAGGGGCAUUGUGCCCAGGGUUUGACUGCAAGGGCUGCUGCAGGGGUUCACGCUUUGCACUAUAUUUAUAGGGGUUAGUCGUAGGCACCACUUCCCUGCCAUAAAUGAGACCACCUCAGAGCAAAGGGGGGGCAAACAGUCACUGUCUGGCCCCCAAAUCCUGGCCGAUCAGGGCUGAAGAAAUGUAAGGUCUGCUCCUGCUCCUGUUGUAACCAAUGGCCAGGCUCCCCUGCCAGAGCCAGGACAGCUGGGCCAUUGGCCUUGCUAUUGAUAAGGGGAUGGUUCCAAGAUCUUCCUGAAGGCCAUGUCUUGUGCAGGCUGGAUGCCCCCUCCGCAGCAGUCCCUGCACCUGCUGACCUGAGGAGGGUGGGACUAGAGCACAGCCUCACACCUGGCGGUGCUGAGAUGCCAGCUGGAAUGGAGCCGCUGGGGAACUGGGCGCCAGGACUCCUGGGGCCUCUCCCCAGCUCCACUGACUCACUCUGUGGCCCUGGGUAGGUCAUUCACCUCUCUGUGCCUGUUUCCCAAGUUGUAAAAUGAGGGUGACGCUGCUCACCCACCGCCCAGGUGCGUUGUGAUGGAUGGUAAUAAAAACAAUACAAAUA